UUCUUCGGCUGCGAGCUCUCCGGCCGCACCCGCUCCUUCACCUUCCGGCUAGAGGAGGAGGACGACGCCGAGCACGUGCUGGCCUUGACCAUGCUCUGCCUCGCCGAGGGGGCCGAGGACGAGUGCAACGUGGUGGAACUCGUGGCCCAGGACCGCGACCACCAGGAGAUUGCAGUCCCCGUGGCCCACCUCAGGUGGUCCUGCCAGCCCGUGCUCAGCCUCGACGACUUCCAGCUCCAGCUGCCCGUGACCUUCCGCCUGGAGUCGGGCUCCGGCCCGGUGCGCAUCACCGGGCGCCACCAGAUU